CUUCUACAUCUGCAUUGCGCUCUUCGAGGAUUUUUCAACAUGGCAACCGCAAACGAAAACAUGAAAGCUCUAGUCCUCCAUCAGCGAGACCAGCCCAUGGCACUCGAGACUGUACGUCGACCGGGAGCUAAAGCUGGAGAGGCAGUUGUGCGUAUUCUAGCAGCAGAUAUUGUGCCAUACAUGCUCGAGGUUCUGAACGGGAGUCGCCCCUAUCCUCUCUCGUUGCCAAUGACCCCUGGCAAUACCGCAAUCGGCAGGAUAUUUGAAGUUGGACCUGAUGCCGUUCAUCUCACUCCUGGCCAGCUAGUAUUCUGCGAUAUAACCAUUCGUGCUCGCGACAAUCCAUCGGUUACGAUUCUGUUUGGUAUCCACGGUGGCGGCUAUCCAGCAGCCAAGAAACUCAUGGAUGGCGAAUGGCGGAAUGCGACGUAUGCCGAAUAUACUCGAUUUCCUCUCGAAAAUCUAUUCCCGCUCAACGAAGACUUACUGCUAAACCAGUUUCACUAUACCAUUAACGAUAUAUGUAUAAUGCCCGUCUUCCUAGUGCCGUUUGGAGGAUUAUCGGAAGUCGAUGUCAAGCCAGGCGAGAUAGUGAUUGUGGCACCAGCGACUGGGAGGUAUGGAGGUGCGGCGGUCGGGGUUGCGCUUGCGAUGGGCGCUACGGUUAUUGCUGCUGGUCGAAACAAAGCUGCACUGGAAGCUCUGGAAAAGAUACAUGCUUCUAGCUAUCGUCUGAAAACUGUUGUACUCACGGACGACCUGGAGAGCAACAUAGAGAUCUUUCGUCAGGCAGCUGGCAAACCGGACGGGGCAGAUGUAUUUCUAGACCUUUCACCACCUGCUGCUAAAGGAAGCUCAUUGCUAUCAUCUGCCGUAAAGGCUGUGCGUGCUAAAGGCCGGUGUGUUAUCAUGGGAGGCAUGCCCAGCCCUAUCGAUGUGCCAUAUCUAGAUGUUAUGUUCAAGAGUAUACGCUUGCAAGGCCGAUUCAUGUAUGAUCGAUCUCAUAUAGAACAGUUGAUACAAAUGGUGGAAUCGGGUUUACUUCCUCUAGGAGAGAAGGCAGGGGUUCAUACUACGGAGGAGUUUGACCUGGCAUCAGUCAAUGAAGCUCUCCACGCAGCAGGAAUGUUAUCUGGAUGGGGAGCGCAUGUCGUGUUGAAGCCAUAGGAAGUUUUCUUCUAGAUUGAAAAAUCAAUCUAUGGUGGAUGUUAAAUAGUACCC